AUGUCUUACUCUAGGCCUGCUAAAACUGACAAGCCACUUGAGACUUCAGAGGAGAUAAAAGAAGAAAUAGAAGGGGAGAUCCAUUGUCGUUUUCUGGAAACAGCUCCAAGACCUUCAUUUAUGUUUCACUUGACAUACAGUGAAACAUCCUUGGAACUUACCAAAGUUAUUGGCCAGCUGUAUGUUGAUGGAGAGCCUGAGGAAAACCAGCUGGAUGGAGAAUUAUUAUAUUCCUCAAAUUACAAAGCCACAGACGAUCCAGCCCAGCCCCCUUUCCAGUUUCUUCCUAGACCAAACUCUGACAAGAAACUGGGCAGAGCUCCUGAAACCAUUCAAUUAAAACACAGGUUAAAUGCUUGCACAUGUUCACGUUUAAGAUCUUCACGGCACAGGAUUAACUCCAAAAUUCAGAUUGGCAAGGUGACAAACAUAGAAGCUUCUUUGUCAGAAGAUCAAGAGGAGGAGGAGGACGAAGAUGUUUUCACAGAGCUACCAAAGCGCAGGACAGCUUUGGAGAGCCUGCACAAAACGUGCAUUUCUCAGACGAAACAAAACAGAGAUGGUCACAUCAGUAAUAAAGGUGUCUUCACAGUCAUUGCUGGCAACAAUCCCAAAGAGAAGGAACUGAAAGAGCGCAAAAUGCAUCGGCGGGUAAGACAACAUGAUUUCAUGCUAUAA